GAUGACCAGCGCCUUCCUAGCAUGACGACCUUGGACCAUGUGAUUGCCACCCACCAGUCAGAGUGGGUGUCCUUCAAUGAGGAGCCGCCCUUUCCUGUCUCUUCUGAGGGAGGCACUGCGGGGGUCCUCUCAGGACUGUCACCUUCCUCAGAUCAGUCCGAGAGCUCCUCUGGGGAGAACCAUGCCGUGGAUGGCGGCUCCCAGGACCUGUCCCCUUCGGAGCAGGAUGACUCCUCAGAAAAGAUAGGCCUCAUCUCUGAAGCAGCCUCCCCUCCUGGAAGCCCUGGAGAGCCCACGCCUGACCUGGCCUCAGCCAUCAGCAACUGGGUUCAGUUUGAAGACGACACACCUUGGACCAGCACAUCACCACCUCAUAAAGAAGCUGGUGGGACAGCCCUCCCAUUGGCCAUGCCCUGCUGGACCUGUCCUUCCUUCAGCUCCCUGGGGAGAUGCCCUCUGGCUUCCGAGAGCAGCUGGACCACCCAUUCUGAAGACACCAGCAGUCCUAGUUUUGGUCCUUCGUACACAGACCUGCAGCUCGUCAGUGCUGAGGAACAGACGAGUGGCAGGGCUUCUGGAGCUGACUCCACAGACAAUUCCUCCUCGCUCCAGGAAGAUGAAGAAGUAGAAUUGGAGGCCAUCAGCUGGCAGGCGAGCAGCCCAGCCAUGAAUGGGCAUCCUGACGUCCCUGUGACAGCGGCUCAAUUCCCCAGCUGGGUCACUUUUGAAGACAAUGAAGUUGGCUGCCCUUUGCCAACAGCCACCUCUCCUCUGAAGCCAGACGUGCCACCCAUCACAUCAGUGAUCCCAGAUGGACGUAAUACCUCAGCGGGGUCCUUUAAAAAGAGGGAACGCCCCAAAAGCACGUUGAUGAACUUCUCCAAGGUUCAGAAGCUUGACAUCUCCUCCUUGAACCGUCCACCUUCCCUAACCGAGGCCCCGCCCUCCAUAGCAGAGGCUCCGCCCUGGAGGGCCACCAACCCUUUCCUGAAUGAGACUCUGCAGGAUGUCCAGCCCUCCCCUAUCAACCCUUUCAGUGCUUUCUUUGAGGAGCAAGAGAGGCGUUCCCAAAACAGUUCCAUUUCUAGUGCUACCGGCAAAAGCCAAAGAGACUCCCUCAUUGUCAUCUAUCAGGAUGCCAUUAGCUUUGAUGACUCGAGCAAAACUCAGUCACACUCUGAUGCCGUUGAAAAACUCAAGCAGCUCCAGCUCGAUGAUCCAGAUCACGUGCCCAGUGCCACACUCCCCGACGAUGACCCCAUAGCCUGGGUUGAACUGGAUGAUCACCCACCCGCUUCUGCGCUUUCCCAGCCCCGGGAUGGAUGGCCAAUGAUGCUCAGGAUUCCCGAGAAGAAGAACAUCAUGUCCUCCAGGCACUGGGGACCCAUCUACGUCAAGCUGACAGAUGCCGGUUCUCUGCAGCUGUAUUACGAGCAGGGCCUGGAAAAACCAUUCCGUGAGUUCAAACUGGAGAUCUGCCAUGAGAUUUCCGAGCCCCGGCUCCAGAACUACGAUGAGAACGGCAGGAUCCACAGCUUACGGAUCGACAAGGUCACGUAUAAGGAGAAGAAGAAAUACCAGCCCAAGCCCGCCGUGGCCCACACAGCAGAGAGGGAGCAGGUGAUUAAGCUGGGCACCACCAGUUACGAGGACUUCCAGAGCUUCAUCCGUGCCGUUCAGGACUGUCUCAUGGACCUGCCCGUGUCCUCCACGGACUUGAGCACCGUCGGCUUGAACUACCUUGAGGAGGAGAUUACGGUGGAUGUCAGAGAUGAGUUCUCCGGCCUCGUGAGCAAAGGCGAGAACCGGAUUCUCCAGCACCACGUCUCGACCCGGAUCCAUGUCCUGAGCUUCCUCUCGGGCCUGGCCGAGUGCCGCCUGGGCCUCAAUGACAUCCUCGUCAAGGGGAACGAGAUCGUCUCCCGGCAGGACAUCAUGCCCACCACCACCACCAAGUGGAUCAAGCUCCACGAGUGCCGUUUCCACGAGUGUGUGGACGAGGGGGUCUUCGGCACCUCGCGGGUCAUUCUCUUCAACCCUCUGGACGCCUGCCGCUUUGAGCUCAUGCGGUUCCGGACGGUGUUUGCCGAGAAGACCUUGCCUUUCACGCUGCGGACCGCGGCCAGCAUCAACGGGGCCGAGGUGGAGGUCCAGAGCUGGCUGAGGAUGUCCGCCGGCUUCUCCUCCAACCGGGACCCCCUCACGCAGGUGCCCUGCGAGAAUGUGAUGGUCCGCUACCCCGUGCCCAGCGAGUGGGUGAAGAACUUCCGCAGAGAGAGCGUGCUGGGGGAAAAGUCUCUGAAAGCCAAAGUGAACCGGGGGGCGAGUUUUGGCUCGGCGGGCCUGUCCGGCUCCGAGCCCGUCAUGAGAGUCACUCUGGGAACUGCCAAGUAUGAACACGCCUUCAACGCCAUUGUGUGGAGGAUCAGUCGGCUGCCUGACAAAAACUCAGCAUCUGGUCACCCGCACUGUUUCUUCUGCCACCUUGAACUUGGUUCUGACCGGGAAGUGCCUUCCAGAUUUGCCAGUCACGUGGACGUCGAGUUCAGCAUGCCCACAACCUCUGCCUCCAAAGCCGCCGUGAGAUCCAUCUCCGUGGAAGACAAGGCUGACGUCAGGAAGUGGGUCAAUUAUUCCGCACACUACAGCUACAAGGUGGAAAUCGAGCAGAAAAAGAGUUUGAAGCUGGACUUUGAAGGGGAAGAGGUGGAAAAUCCCAAGGAGUGUGGGGUGCAGUGA